GUCAUAAGAAGAAUCCAUGUUUAUAAUAUAAGUGUAGUUAAACUUAGCUUAAAAUAUAAUUUAUAGAGAAAAACUCAAAUGCAGGAUUAAUGAUUAGUAGUUUUUGGCAACAGUUUUCACAAGUAAAGUGAUUGUGUUUAAGUACAUAUGAAAGGUCGAAAUAAAGGAUUCAAACAGAAACCUUAUGCCUCGGGGGGUCAAGAACAAGGAAAGAGUAGGAUGGCUGAGAAACCACUCAAAGUUGGUAACAGGGUAGAAGUUGUUGGAAAAGAUGUGAAAGGAAAAGUAGCGUUUAUUGGCACCACCCAUUUUUCACCAGGAAAGUGGGUGGGUGUCAUUCUGGAUGAAUCAAAAGGGAAGAAUAACGGAACUGUACAGGGAAAAAGCUACUUUCAGUGUCCCGAUAGUCAUGGGAUCUUUGUACGACAGUCACAGUUAAAGGUAUUUGAUGAUGGCUCCAACCGAAGAUCAAUGGGUGGUACACCUUCGCCCUCUCCUUCACCCUCAACUAGUUCACCCAAUCUGACUGCAACCACUCCUCAAGAUGAGAGCAUGCGGAGGUCAAUGGGAGGUACUCCUUCACCAUCAUCUAGUUCUUUUAACCUCACCACCCCAGGAAGCACCCCACGAGAUGAAAACAAAAGUGUUAGCGCAACAUUAGGUGAGAAAACCAGUAAAAAAUCUACAUCAAGCCCAGAAGGAGAUGAACAUAAAUCUCAGAGCUUUCAGAAAUCAUCACAUGCAAAAGUGGAGAGUUCAAAGUCUGUCACUGCGACUGUUGUGGAUAUGCGAGGAGCAGCCACUUCAGUAGAAGAUAAAAUACAACUUCUUCAUAAGGAUCAAGAAAUAGGUGAUUUAAAAAGUGAAGUUAAAGACUUGCAAGAGAAACUAGAAACUUUGAAACUGAAACGCUCUGAAGACAAGAUCAAACUGAAGGAACAUGAAAAGACCAAAAUACAGCUUCAACAGCUUUUAGAAUUCAAAACAAGGAUAUCAGAAUCUCAGGCUGAUCUACAGAAACAACUUGCACAAGCAAAAAAGGAUGCUCAAGAGGCAAUAGAAGCCAAGCAACAGCAUGAAGACGAAAUGUCAGAUUUGGCUGAAACAGUGGAACUGGCUACCUUGGAUAAAGAGAUGGCAGAGGAAAAAUGCGAGACUCUGCAGGCAGAGAUAGUGCAGCUAAAAGAAAAAGUUGAGGAACUUACCCUUGAUCUGGAAAUAAUUCAAAAUGAAAUUGCUGAGAAAGGAACUGAAGGUGCAGCCUCAAACUACCAAGUAAAACAACUUGAACAACAGAACGAAAGGUUAAAGGAAGCCUUAGUGAAAUUAAGAGAUUUAUCAGCUCAUGAUAAACAGGAACAACAAAGAGUACAGAAAGAAGUAGAUCACCUGAAUUCUGAAAUCACAGAACUAACUCGCACAAAAGAGAAGCUGAGUAACGUAGUUGAAAGUUAUGAGAAGCAGAUGAGAGAGUUGAAAGAACAGGUUGAUGCUGCUCUGGGUGCAGAAGAGAUGGUUGAGCAGUUGACAGAGAAAAAUCUGGAGCUUGAAGAAAAAAUCCGAGAACUGCAAGAGACUGUUGACGACCUGGAGAAACUGCAGGAUAUCAAUGACCAGUUGCAGGAGAGUGCUAGAGAAACGGAGCUGGAACUCCGUGAAGAAGUGGACUUAGCUAAUGCUAAAGUUAUAGAGGCUAAUCGAAAGUUGGAGGCCAUGCAUUAUACUGUAGCUGAUUAUGAACAGACUAUUCAGAAAUUCCGUGAUCUGACUGAGCAGUUGCGUGAAGCCAAUCAAGACCUCAGGACUCAGUUACAGAAAGAAUCUGAUCGGGUUGCCAUGGCAACACCCGCUGAAAAUUUUGACUUCAAAGUUAAAUUUGCUGAAACUAAAGCAUUUGCGAGGACUAUUGAGAUGGAGCUCCGAAAGUUGGAAGUUCAGCAAGCAACACAGCAUCUUGCAUAUCUGUACGCUUUUAUGCCUGAUAACUUCUUCAGUCGCGGAGGAGAUCAUGAUGGAGUGCUAAAUCUUCUCCUGAUUCCAAGAAUUAUAGCAAAAGCUGAAAUUCUGGCCACACAAGUAAGAGAAAAGUUCCCAGCGCCAGAAGAGAUAACGAAAAGUAUUGUACUUAAAACUCACCAGGUGGAACAACACAGUUUUGCGAGUCGUUUGUUACAUUUGCUUUUUAAAUUACGGCAGCUACUCAACCAAUACAAGAGUGCUCUAAACAACUGCUCGGUGGACCUUUAUAUGAAAAUUGCAACCCUGUAUCCUGAAAUGGCUCAACAGGAGAAAGCUAUCGACUUUUAUGUGGAGUUACUGUGGAAAGAUCAACUUGAUGAAAACAUCCCUUUGGAAACCUUAAAGAAGGCAGUCAGCUACUUUCAGAGUCUCUACAGCGUCCACUUGGCUUCAGAAAAAGUAGACUGUACGGCACUGAUGGCAGACUCCAUGCAACUUAUGGGUGCAGCAAGUGAUGCCAUCUAUACUGAUGUUUCAGCAAUAUGUUCCCUUCUUCAGACGAGCCAGAGAGAUGGCGAUAUGGGAGCUUUACUAAAAGAGAUGAGAACAUCCACAGAUGAUAUCAGACAGUUCAUCAAAAAGGUUAAACGAAGGCUUCCCCAAGAGAAAGGCCUUAUAGAGUUACAGUUUCCCGAAGAGGUGCAAGAAGAUCUAAUAGACAGUGGAACCCACCUUUCUCGAGUAAUUCAUGCUGUUUACCUGCUGCGUGUAGCUGCCAUCCAACAAGUUGUCGUCUCUGGUGAAGUCGGUCACAUUGAAGCUCAGAAGUUGAAAGAACUUGCUCACGAAUCUACAGAUCGUGCUUAUGGAAAGGAAGAUAGUGGGCCUGACUGUUUAAAGAAUUCCAUGAACAUCGUUGUUGCAGCAGUGAACAAGGUCAGCACUGCAAUGCAAGAAGGUGAAUUUGACCAUAACAUCAGCCAGGAUCAGAAGCCUAGCCCACCCGUUACUGUCCGAUCUCAAGCAAUUAAAGGAGAGGCUAAAGACCUAGAAGCAUAUAAAUUCAAACUAGAAACUCGAGAAACUGAUAUUAUUGAACUAAAAAAAGCACUCAAAAUCAAGAGUGAGGAAGUGAGUGAGAUGCAUGUGAGAAAAGAAAUGGCUGAGAAAAAAUUGGAACUUGCUUCUCGGGACAGUGAUGAGAGGGUGGAGAGAAUACAGCGGCAAUUGGAUGAAACCAAAAUGAUGCUCAAGAAAAAAGAAAAGGAUUUCGAGGAGACGCUCGACCAUCUCCAGGCCGACAUUGAUGCUUUAGAAACAGAGAGGGGAGAACUGAAGGACAAACUGAAAAUGUUGUCCAAGAAAGCACUUCUUGAGGGUCUGACCAAGUCUGCAGGUCUAGCUAGCAUUGUGUCAUCUCCCACAAUUCCCACUUCUCCUGGAACAGCUCCACCUGGUGGCACUGCUGUCAGUGAAUCUCCUAUGAUGGUCCAGCAGAUCCAAGACUUGCGAACUGCUUUAAAGCACGUGAGGAAUGAAAACAUCAGACUUCAGACUAAGUUUAUGCAGAACCAACUUGCAGAUCUUCCGCCACUGGUGCUUCCAUCAAAACCUACAGGACUUGGUUCCUUGACAGGCCUGAAAAAUAUGGUGGAGUUUGAAAAAGAAAUAGAUGGGAAACAGCCCAUGCAGUGCAGAGAAAAGAUAAGUCAUUUGGGAAAACGAACUACUACUCUUCUCAAUGAGCUAUAUAAAUUGAGUGCUAAUCCUCAAGUUGUGGACAUUAGUCUCAGAAAACCAGGAACUGAGCCAGUUCUUGGAAAAUCCACACCGAUAAAUUUUCUGCUGGAAUCUACGGCUAAGCUACGGAAUUUACAAAAGGAAGCUCAACAGCUGCAGUUUGAAGUUACCAAUUUGGUAGCAGCACAGAAACAGGGUGGCCAUGUCUCAUCUGACUUUACUGAUUUUCCAUCUCCUUCAUUCUCCAAGGCUUUGGCAGAAAAAGAUGGAGAACUUGUAGCCAGACUAAGAAUUCCAUAUAGAGGGAUCGUUGAUGGGAGCCAGAGUAACAAAUCAGGACAGACUGUUGCAGUUAUGUUGACCAUUCAAGAACUUCGUCAGCUUCAUACGAAGAUGAUAAGUUAAUUCAUGUUUCUUUAAAAAGAAAAAAGCGACACUUGAGCCACACAGCAGCUUCCAGUAGUUGUGCAUAUUUAUUGCCUAUAACUAUUUUUACGUGUUUCUGUCGCUCUUUAUCAUAACUAGUUGAAGGUAUGGGUAUUAAAAUUUAACUUUAAAUAAAGCUGGUUCACUAGUAAUGUAUCUGUCAACCACAUCAUGCAAACACAUCUAUUUGUUCUUAGCUAGUCUUACCAAUAAUAUAAUUUUGUUGCCUUCAAGUCUGUGAUUUUUUCGGGCGUGCUAGAUAUUUGUUGGACUAUUUUUAUUGGUUCAGAGGAAAGUCAACAAUGUAUUGAUACAAUAAUAUUAUAUUAAUCAGUUCUUAAUGUAUUUUUCUUGGAUUUCACAAACAUAAAUGAUAAAUAAAGAUUCUGAUGGUAAAAGAAUUUCACAGUUUAUCACCAAUUCAAUGUA